CUGUCGAUGAUGAGUUAUGCUGGCUUGGCAUCCCUCUACUGGCCAGAUGUCAAAUUUACACAACACACAGUUUCGUUUUCUCAAUAUUGAAACAUUCACUUGUUGCCUCGGCUGUCUUUCAUGUCAUUGUCUUUUUGAUUCUAGACACAUCAGCGAAAGCAUUCCCUUCUCUGAUCAAGAAUGAAUAGAGGAUUCGGUUUAAACGCCUCAUCUUUUGGCAAACCCCCAGCAGACAAUGUCACUUCAUCCUCACUGUUCGGCUCAAAUGCUAGUACAGUUCCAGCCUCCUUUUCAUGCAUCAAUGGUGUUAGCAAACCUGAAAACGAAACCGCACCUGCACCUCAGUUUACUUUCGAAGCUUCAUCUUUGCUGGAAAACGAGUGGAGAAAAACGGAGUGGAGUGAAGAAGUGAGAGAGGCACUGAAGGAGACGGUCAGGUCAUUUAAACCAGCCAGUGAGACGGUCACUGAAGCACGGGUCCUGCUGCUCGGUCCCGUCGGGGCGGGAAAGUCCAGCUUCAUCAGCUCCGUCCAGUCGGUCUUCUCUGGACGGGUCCUCAACAGAGCCAUGGUGGGCUCCUCGUCCUCCACCAGCUUCACCAAAAAGCUUCGCUCGUACCCCAUCAGAGGAGCAGGAGAGGACGCAGACGAGCCCACGGCUCUGGUGUUGUGUGACGUGAUGGGUGUAGGUGAAGGAGAAGGCACUGGACUCACUCUUCACGAUGCACUGUCUGUCAUUAAAGGCCACGCUCCAGAGGGACACCAGUUCAGUCCCGAGCAGCCGAUCUCAGCCGAGACUGUGGGCUUCGCCAGGAAACCGGGCACUAAUGAUAAAGUGCACUGUGUGGUGUUUGUGAUCGACGGAUCUAAAGUCGGCUCCUACGCCAAAAGCUUUGGUGCCACUUUCCAACAGCUACGAGAACACAUCAGCAACUUAGGUGUACACCAGGUGGCGUUACUGACCCAUGUGGACCAGGUUUGUAACGCUACCAGAAGUGACAUUACCCAGGUUUACAAGAGCAGGGCCGUUCAGCAGGCCAUGGAGAAGGCUGGGCAGCUGCUGGGAAUGGCCACAUCCUACAUCGUCCCGGUGAAGAACUACUGCUCAGAGCUGGACCUGGACGAAAACACUGAUGUUCUGGUGCUCAAAGCUGUUGAUCACAUCUUACAAUACGUGAAUCUGUUCUUUCAAGACGACACUGAUUAAACUUUCUGUCUCGAUCAAACCUGCCUGCUUGUAACUUCCUAGUGAUCCUGAAGACCCUGGUUGUUUUGUUCGGGUGUGUUUCAUAAUGUUUGGAGCUCAACUCUGCAGGAAAACGUGGAGCAUUACGAUAAGAAUUCACACUGCAAAUACAGAAGUGCCCAAAAUGAGUUCAUCUCAGUUUUGUCCCGUUGAAAUGAUGAGGCCAAAACUUGUUGUUCUUGUUAUUGUUCUGUUGAACUGUCACAAAUGAUCUGAAUUAAUUAAAUGUCAGUAAUGAACAA